AUGCUGUGGCGGACGGUGUGGAGAGCGGCUUUCAGGGUCGUGAGCCCCUCCCCUGCGCGUCGGGGACUGCGCCUGCGCGGUCUAGACCGGUCACCUCACCCAUCAGGCUUCUCAGAUGUGCCCCCCCCCACGGAGGAGAUUGUGCUCCGGCCUCUUUACAUGGAUGUACAAGCCACUACUCCCCUGGAUCCUCGGGUGUUGGAUGCCAUGCUCCCCUAUCUGAUCAACUACUAUGGGAAUCCACACUCCCGGACACAUGCAUACGGCUGGGAGAGUGAGGCCGCUGUGGAGCAUGCCCGACAGCAAGUGGCAUCAUUGAUUGGGGCUGACCCCCGUGAGAUUAUCUUUACUAGUGGAGCCACCGAAUCUAACAAUUUAGCAAUUAAGGGGGUGGCCAGGUUCUACAAAUUGCGGAAGAAGCAUGUGAUCACCACCCAAACAGAGCACAAGUGUGUGUUGGACUCAUGUCGUUCUUUGGAAGCUGAGGGCUUUCAGGUCACUUAUCUCCCAGUGCAGAAGAGUGGAAUCAUUGAUCUGAAGGAGCUGGAGGCAGCAAUCCAACCAGACACAAGCCUUGUCUCUAUCAUGACUGUGAACAAUGAGAUUGGAGUGAAGCAACCUAUUGCAGACAUUGGACGGAUAUGCAGUUCCCGAAAAGUGUAUUUUCAUACGGAUGCAGCCCAGGCAGUUGGAAAAAUCCCACUCAAUGUGAAUGACAUGAAAAUUGAUCUCAUGAGCAUCAGUGGCCAUAAGCUUUAUGGCCCAAAAGGAGUUGGUGCGAUCUAUAUUCGACGUCGGCCCCGAGUGCGUGUAGAGGCCUUGCAGAGUGGUGGAGGCCAAGAGCGGGGCAUGCGCUCUGGGACAGUGCCCACACCCUUAGUGGUUGGGCUGGGGGCUGCCUGUGAAGUGGCACAAGAAGAGAUGGAAAAUGACCAUAAAAGAAUCUCUAUGUUAGCAGAAAGGUUGGUAGAAAAGAUAAUGAGCAACCUUCCUGAUGUGGUGAUGAACGGGGAUCCACAGCAACACUAUCCAGGCUGCAUCAACUUGUCCUUUGCCUAUGUAGAAGGGGAGAGUCUGCUGAUGGCACUCAAGGAUGUUGCUUUGUCUUCAGGCAGUGCCUGUACCUCUGCAUCCCUGGAGCCAUCCUAUGUACUUAGAGCCAUUGGCACAGAUGAAGACCUGGCCCACUCUUCUAUCAGGUUUGGCAUUGGUCGUUUUACCACAGAGGAGGAGGUAGACUACACAGCUGAAAAGUGCAUCCACCAUGUUAAAAGGCUACGGGAAAUGAGCCCACUGUGGGAAAUGGUACAAGAUGGAAUUGACCUGAAAACCAUCAAGUGGACACAGCACUAGAGUGGACAUCUGACCAUAUACUCUCCCUGCUUCUUCUUACCUCACUGGCCUGAGAAAUAUCAGGUAGCGGGGUCCUUUUGUUACAAAACUACCAGCCCAAGUGGAGACUCUACCUUUUCUGCUAGAUUCACUACAAUCCAGUGGAUUUCAAUGUCUCACUUCUAGAACAUAAACAAAACAAAACUCUGCUCCCAGAUUCAGCUCUUUAGUGCUGCCCAGAAAGUCUCUUUCUCAAGGCUUCAGAAGGCUAGCCUUUACAUUCUAAAACACCAAGAAUACUUAGAUAAGAGUAAAAAUGUUGCUGACACCGUGUUGGGGUAGUCCUGGAGAAAGGAAGAAAGAGCCUCUAUCUCCAUGACUCUUGUGAUCUGCACUGGCCACAUCAUAUGUCAGCCUUGCUGCCCAAUUGUUCUGACUUUUUCUUUUCUUUUUUUGAAAACUAUUACCUUCUGUCUUGGAAUCAGUACUAAAUAUGCAUUCCA